AUGCCACGAACAAAGACGCGUGAACCACGUGUGAGACGUUCCUGCGAGCGCUGUCGUCAGAAAAAGAUCAAAUGUCCUGCUGAAAAGCCGGGCUGUUCGCAUUGUCGUAUUGCGAAUGAGAUUUGUACUUAUCUUCCUCGCAACCAUGUCAACAACAGCCACCCAAGACCCAUUUUCAGACCCCUCAAAGCGCAACAGAAUGGUAUCUCACCAAGUACAUCGGCUGAAUCUUAUAGUCGCGAACCUGAAUCUUUGACGAAAAGAGGCAAUGGCCAAGAUGUCAAUGGCUGGCAUAGUCGAGCCGGCUCAUCAAAUAGCAUUCACCAGCAGCUACCUCCGAUAACAGCCAUGCUGUCUGAUUCUCCAUCAUGGUCACCGGCAAAUCCAGAACCGCCAGUAGAUCUGCUUAGUGAUUUCGUAGGCGCUUACCGUGAAAAGCUCUAUUUUCAACCACUUCCACUCUUCGAUCCACGACGUCUCCAGUUGAAGAUUGGCACAUUACCGCAUUACCUCCGAUGGAGUUUCCUGGCCCUCACCCUUAAUUUUACGAGUCAUAACUUCUACUAUGGUCUUGAGGCAAAGGCGAUUGAGUACUACACUACUUCCGCGCGGAGCAUAGUCGUUGAUAUGGCAGCUGAGGGACUUGCGCAGCUUGAGGUGAUGCAAACUCUGUGUCUGCUCGCUCUUUGUGAUCACAUCGCCGGAAAGACAUCUCGGGCCUGGAUGAUGGUUGGAAUGGCAGCAAAACUCGAAGCUCUUCGACUAUCCCACUCAAAGACUGAUGCCAACUCUCGGCACCCCGACGACGCAAUCUCAAGGUGUCAUUGGAGUAUUGCAAUCCUGGAGAGUACCUUCAUUCCCAAUUGUAACACCCUGUCCGACAUAACAGGCGCCCCAGCGUAUCCUAAAAGCGUGUCGCGUCCAACGCCACUGCAUUCUUCCCAUGGUAUGAAGAGUUACUGCGCCGACUUGACUGACGCGUACGAGGGGAAUAUUCAAGACGUCGGGGUUAACGCGACAUGCCUCGGGUACGUCUCAGUUUGGGGGAGCAUAAUAUCUUAUCUGAGAGAUAUCCGAAACGGAGCCAACGAGUAUCCAUGGUUAGCAACUUCGAAACAUAGUCAACUCACUGUCAAGUUGUACGAGCUUGAGAACAUCACAUCGCACAGACAUCUCAUCCGCAACGCGCCUUUCCCCGAUCAACCGUCGGAAGAUUUGAGUGAGCAUCGAGAAUACUGGGCACCGUGGGUAUCGUUCCAAAUAAUGAUGCACGCGACCCAAGCCGUUCUUAACAAUCCCUUCGUUCAACUCGUCGCUCUCCGGAGAGCUGGUCGCAAUUUCCAACCACGAUCUUUCCUACAAAACACAGUUGAUCAAGCGCUGUUCCACGCAGAAUGGGUUUCCCGACUGGUUCAAAUGUGCGCAGAUCGGCAGUUCGAAGUCAACGACCCUUUGAUCGGACAAGCUGUUGCUGGCUGCGUAUCAAUAUUAUGGAUCUUCCAAUUCGCCAGGGAUCGGAAAGUGUCAGAGAAGGCAAAGGAGAAUUUGAUAACUUGCGAGACAUUCUUAGGACACUUGGCAAGGAAGUGGCCUCAUAUCGCCGAAAAGCUCGAAAUUCUACGAACCCUCAACGUCAAAGUAGCAAAGCAGCAACAAACACCCCAAGAGGACGAAUCGACCAGCGCAACUAUAAAGUUCGAACCUGACAUGAUGUGGGAACUUCUUGAUCCUGCCAUGUCGGGCGUUGAUUGGGCCAACUUGUGUAGUGCGGCAAAGGAGAAAGGCUCUCACGCGACAACGAGUGCUACAAUACGAGUUGCCACAAAGUUUGUGCAUCCCAUCAACAACGAAGUCGAGAGCGCGCCGGUGCCAGACCCUGAGCAUAACUUGUUUGAUUUGGAAGAUAUUUAUGGCGAGCCAUUUUUGGAUCAGUUCUUUUCGGAUUCUUUGCUAGUCAACAUUUCGUAG